AGCAGCAGCCGCCAGGGCACAGCGUAUGUUCCACGCGAGAAAAGUCGCCCAAGUUGAAAACCCAGCUGUAUUCAUUUCCCAUUUCCGUCUCCUCUCCAUCCCUGAACCUGAAGAAACGCGUUGGCUGGUUUCUCCUCGAACCAUUUUAUACAUUCAGUCGUGAAAUCCGGUCCGCCUCAACUUAGAUUUAUGGCUUCCUCAACUACUCUCAAGCGAUGGCUCCGCCCCGAGGUCUAUCCGUUGUUCGCUGCCGUUGGAGUCGCCGUCGGGAUCUGCGGAAUGCAGUUGGUCCGUAACAUUUGUAUUAACCCUGAAGUCAGGGUGACUAAGGAAAACAGAGCUGCUGGUGUGUUGGAUAAUUUUGCUGAGGGGGAGAAGUAUGCUGAACACGCCCUGAGGAAGUUUGUUCGCAACAGAGCUCCUGAAAUCAUGCCAUCCAUAAAUAGUUUCUUCACCGAUCCUAAAUAUUAAUUUAUUGUUGAUUACAAUUGUCUCCUAGAGUAUAGUAAUUAUUGAAAAUGCAUUUUUUUGUCUCUAAUUGGCCCCCAAAAAAUAAGGGGGAUUUAGAACACAGUAAGUUUGAAUAAUUUAUGGAGAUAUUGGUAUGGAGUCCUGAAUAAUAAUUCAUCUAUUUCAUGAUUUUCAA